AUGGAUAGUGAAAAAUUACAAAAGAAGGAUACACUCACGCGUAAUGAAACUACAUACCUAACGAAAUUGAAAGAUGACCUUGAUUUUAUGAUACGAAAUAACAUUGGAAAGGUGGAUGAAAAUAAGGAUGAGACUUCUCUUGAGAUAUUAGGUAAAAAAAGUAUAUUUUAUGACCCAGAUUGGAACAAGGAAGGAAUAGCACCUCCAGGUUGUAAAAAUGUUAAAUAUAAUGAAAUGACAUUUAGAAAAGGAAAAACUACAACUCCUAGACUUUGUGGCUUGAAUGAUAUUCAGCUUCCCUAG